CAAAUCUCUCUUACAAUGAUCCACAUGACCUUUUGUUCAUCUUUAGGUUUCCGUCUUGUUCGUGUCUUCAAAGUUGUUGAGCCUGUUUCUUUAUCUCGUAACGUCUACCUCACUUGUAUACUCCCUAUUGGUGCUCUUUAUUCUGUUUCCCUUUGGCUUUCAAACUCUGCUUAUAUCUAUCUUUCUGUUUCCUUUAUUCAAAUGUUGAAAGCCCUUAUGCCUGUUGCUGUUUAUACUAUUGGGAUCUUGUUUAAAAAGGAUAGUUUCAAGAACUCAACUAUGGGGAAUAUGCUUGCUAUUUCAGUUGGUGUUGCUAUUGCUGCGUAUGGUGAAGCAAAGUAUGAUUCUUGGGGUGUUUUACUUCAGUUACUUGCUGUUUUGGUUGAGGCUACUAGGCUUGUUAUGAUCCAGAUCUUGUUGACUUCAAAGGGAAAAACUAAGAGUCGUUGUUCUGGUUUCACAAGCUGCACUUAGCUUUAUUCAAGGUACGUAAUUGUGCAUUUUAGUGAAACCAGCUUCCUUUCAUCCUAUAAUCGAUAUGCAUACUUAUAAAAGAGAGGAAAAUCUUGAGUAUUGAUGAGCAAAAAAAUGGUAUUACCGAAUACCGUACCGAACCGAAAUUUAAUUUACCGAUUCCC